AUGCUCAGUCAAAAGUGGCUGACUGUAUGCUUACUUUUUACAGCAUUGUUAUUUACAUGUGUUGUGAAAGCCGAUGAUGAUGAAGUAACAUCUAUACCUAAAGUCGAUGAAGAUAUUGGAAAACAUGCAGAAGGCUCUCGGACAGAUGACGAAGUUGUUCAAAAAGAAGAAGAAGCAAUCAAACUUGAUGGACUUAGUGCGAAAGAAUACCGUACACUUGUUGAUGCAUCCGAAAAACAUCAAUUUCAAACGGAAGUGAAUCGUAUGAUGAAAUUAAUCAUCAAUUCAUUAUAUAAAAACAAAGAGAUAUUUUUACGUGAAUUGAUAUCAAAUGCAAGCGAUGCUUUGGAUAAAAUCCGAUUCUUGUCAUUGACCGAUAAAGGUGUACUCGGAGAUAAAGAAGAAUUAGUGAUUAGGAUAAAAGUUGAUAAAGAAAACCGUAUGUUACAUAUCACAGAUACAGGUAUCGGCAUGACAAGAGAUGAUUUAGUCAAAUUUUUGGGUACUAUUGCUAAAUCAGACACAAGUGAAUUUUUGAAUAAAAUGCAAGAGGCACAAAAAUCAACGGAUAGCAAUGUAACAAUGAACGAUCUAAUUGGACAAUUUGGGGUUGGCUUCUAUUCAACAUUUUUGGUUGCUGAUCGUGUUAUUGUCACAUCGAAACAUAAUGAUGACGAUCAAUGGAUUUGGGAGUCAGAUUCGAAUUCAUUCAAUGUCAUGAAAGAUCCAAGAGGAAAUUCCCUCGGACGCGGUACAACUGUUACUGUUCAUUUGAAAGAAGAAGCUCAAGAAUAUUUGGAACUAAGUAAACUUGAAGAAAUUAUUCGCAAAUAUUCACAGUUUAUUACUUUUAAUAUUUUCUUAUGGAAGAGUAAAACCAUCAGUGAAGAAGUACCGGAUGAUGAUACUACAACAGCAACAAAUGAUGAAACAAAAACCGGUGAUGAAACGAAAACGGAAGAUUCGGAUGCAGCUGUUGAAGAAGAAAAGGAUGAUGCAGAAAAGAAACCCAAAACAAAAAAAGUUGACAAAACUAUUUGGGAUUGGGAAUUAAUGAAUGAAGCGAAACCAAUAUGGCAGCGAAAACCAAGCGAAGUCAAAGAAAAUGAAUAUAAUGAAUUUUAUAAAUCGUUCACACGUGAAUCGGACGAACCGAUGAUUUAUUCCCAUUUUACAGCUGAAGGUGAAGUUACAUUUAAAUCAAUUUUGUAUCUACCAAAAACGGCACCAUUCGAUUUAUUUUCAAAUUAUAAUAAGAAAACGGAUGCUAUUAAAUUAUAUGUUCGUCGCGUAUUUAUCACUGAUAAUUUUGAAGAAAUGAUGCCAAAAUAUUUAAGUUUUAUUCGAGGUGUUGUUGAUAGUGAUGAUUUGCCAUUAAAUGUAUCACGAGAAACAUUACAACAAAGUAAAUUAUUGAAAGUAAUUAAGAAAAAAUUGGUUCGUAAAGCAUUGGAUAUGAUUAAAAAAAUAUCAGCUGAAGAUUAUGAAAAGUUUUGGAAAGAAUAUGGUACAAAUAUUAAAUUAGGCAUCAUCGAAGAUACAGCAAAUCGAACACGUUUAGCUAAACUAUUACGUUAUAACACAUCAGCAUCAAAGGGUAAACAAAUUAGUUUAAGUGAUUACAUUGAACGUAUGAAACCGAAACAAGAACAUAUUUAUUUCCUUGCCACUAUGUCAAUAGAAGAAGCCGAAAAGUCACCGUUUGUAGAGAAAAUAUUGAAAAAAGGUUACGAAAUAUUGUACUUAACUGAUCCUGUUGAUCAAUAUUGUAUGCAAUCAUUACCUGAAUAUGAAGGCAAAAAAUUUCAAAAUGUAGCCAAAGAUGGUUUGGAGUUAGAUAAAGCAGAUGCGACAAAAGAAGAAAUGAAAAAAGAAUUAACAAAAACAUAUGAACCACUGAUCAAUUGGCUUAAAGAUAAAUUGAAAGAUAAACCAAUGGCACUAAUCGCAUCCCAAUGGGGGUACGAUGGAAAUAUGGAGCGUAUUGCUCGAGCACAAGCCUAUCAAAAGUCAGGCGGUGAUUCAACAAUGAGUUAUUAUCUUAAUCAAAAGAAAACAUUGGAGAUAAAUCCGAGACAUCCAUUGAUUAAAGAUUUAUUAAGACGUGUUGAAGACAGUAAAGAUGAUAAAACAGCAUUGGAUUUGGCCGAUGUAAUGGUUGAAGCAGCUACGUUAAGAUCCGGCUACGAUUUGAAAAAUACAGCUGAUUUUGCUGAUCGUAUUGAACACAUGUUACGAAUAGCAAUGGGUAUACCGUUAGAUGAAAAAGUUGAAGAUGAACUAGAAGAUGACGAAUCAACGCUCAAUUUAAAUACGGAUGAAAACACAUCCACAGCAAUGGAUGGUGAUAUUAUUGAAGAUGAAAGUGAUAUAAAAGGAACCGCGACUCACAGAGAUACCACACAAUCAAAAACUCAAAAGGUAACGUGAAGAAAAUUUGGAUAAUUUUCAUCUAAUAAAACAUUUUUUUUAGGAGGUACACGAUGAUUUGUAAAUAAACGAUAAUCCAAAAUGUACCUAUAUUUCCAAGUAUAGUCGUUUGCUAUUUUACAUUUCAUGUUUUUAAUAUAGUCAAAUAUAAGUGUAACUGAAUGUGUAGUUGUGUGCGCUUAUUUAUCAUUUUUAUUUUUUGUUAACGUUUCGAAAACAUUCCUAUAGACAAAUUUUGUGGUGAUAAGCAGUGCUUUGAUCAAACGGCUUUGUCUUUCUUUAUGUCAAUUCUUCUUAAUUGUGUAUGUUUGUGUGUGUGUAUAUUAGAUAGCAAUGAAAUGUUAUGAGAAUGUUAUGAGAAUGUUUUUGAAACAUUUUUUAGAAUUACAUUUCCGUCUUUCUAUGAUUGAGCCAUACUCUGACGAAUAAACAUACUUGUUUUUUUUUGCGCAAAAUCUCCAAAUAGGUUCUCGUGAACUAUUUCUUCCAUUCCUAGUAGGUUUGUCUUUUAUUGUUGAUUUUGCUGCCAAAAUGUGUCCUGUUUUUAUCUGAUUUACUUUCUUUUUUGCUCUGUUUGUUUUUUUUCUCCUUUUUUACAUAUCAAAAAAGUAAAUUAUGGUCGCGCCCGUUUGCGCAAGUAAAUCUUGUAUUUUAGUUCUCACACACAGAUUCACAGAUAAACCAGAAGAUAGUUCUCUAGCUCUAGUGGUGCCCAUGUGAGGGAAAUGAUUUAUUUUAUUCUAUCGCUAAAGAAGUUCGAAUAAUUUUCCUUAAUAAAUUCUAUCAGGGUAUAAGUACACUUCCCAGAAAUGUCAAGUUAAACGUUAAAUAAUCUCACACAAUUGUCAAUGGUGUUCGAUUUUGUGAAAUUUUUACAUUUACAUCAGUUUUCAUGUCCAAGAAUAGAUUUAAAACUUCAACGUCGAAAUUUUAGUCGUGUCAUUAUACAAAUGAUGCGAAUUCAUUCUUAUUUAGAUUAAUAUAAUUUAUUAACAAGAAGUGUUUGACAGUAUCUAUAUAUCGAUUUAUUAUGGUGAGAUAUAUUUAUUAUCGAAUGAAUAAUAUUGAUAUCAAUAUUUCCUUUUAGGAGAGAUUUCAAGACCUUCCUUGAACAAUACCCCUAACUUUCUCUCAUAAUCAGUUUUUUUUCUCUAUCAAUCUCUACUGAUUUCUUGUCUCUAAAUAAGCUAUGAACAUACACCACCAAUUCAUCAAUAACCAGUUAACUACAACAACGAAAAUCAAAUGUUACAGAGUUGUAAAUUACUUUAUAUAGUGAAAGUUCAAAAUUCUCUAAGUUUAGUAGAGUUAAGUACGUCUGAAAUUCACGAUCUAUUAUAUCUGUCUAUUUCAGAAAAGUAAUGUGUGAUCAAGUUUGUAUCCAAUAGAGGUGGGACUGGUUCAGUUUCAAACCGAAUCGAACCAAAAUUGGUUUGGUUCCCGAAAAACACGAACCGAUCCCAUCUCCGCUGGUUAUAUGCUUUUCAAAAUGAAUAUUUUUUAUUGUUUGGUAGUGGAAACCUCGAGGUUUAAGCCUUACUUCCACCUGUGUAGGACACUUUUUGGCGUGGCUCACGGAUAGACCAUAGCCUUCAAACUCUUCAGCGUCCACUUUCAGAAAAAUGGUUCGGCUACCUAUGGUAUAGCCGAGACUAACUCAUGCAAUAGGUCCAUCCUAAAAGUAGCUUAAAACAAUAACUCUUUAAAAGUUAGAUUUGUGAUGUUUAUAUUUCGAACUAGAAAGUAAAAUAAAAAUUACUGUUUGAAGCAUAAGUAAUCAAAGG